GAAGUGCCGAUGAUACCCCAGCCUCACUACGCACAGCCCGGCUGCGUAUACUACAUCUGUCUACUGCGAGAUGGGCUCCUGCUUCGACAUGGCGACUGCGUUUACCUGAUGAGGGACAACCGGCGCGGACCCGAGGGGCAGCCCGUGCGCCAGUCCUACCGCCUGCUCUCCCACAUCAACCGCGACAAGCUCGACAUCUUCCGCAUCGAAAAGCUGUGGAAAAACGACAAGGGCGAGCGUUUUGCCUUCGGCCACCACUACUUCCGGCCGCACGAGACGCACCACUCGCCCUCACGCCGCUUCUACCACAACGAGCUGUUCCGCGUGCCCCUGUACGAGAUCAUCCCGCUCGAGGCUGUGGUGGGCACCUGCUGUGUGUUGGACCUGUACACCUUCUGUAAAGGGAGGCCCAAGGGGGUGCGGGACCAGGACGUGUACAUCUGCGACUACCGGCUGGACAAGUCGGCUCACCUCUUCUACAAGAUUCACCGCAACCGGUACCCCGUCUGCACCAAGCCCUACGCCUUCGACCACUUCCCCAAGAAGCUCACCCCCAAGCGGGACUUCUCUCCUCACUACGUUCCAGAGAAUUACAAGAGGAAUGGCGGACGGCUCUGCAGCCCUCCCAGCAAUCCAAGCACUUCCAAGACGUCGUCCUGGAAGACGGAGCGGACAAAAGCGCACUGCAAGGAGGCGGUGGCGGUGGCGUCGGCAGCCGAAGAGGACCUGCCUCCCCCCAUCAUCGAGGACAUGUCCACCGCCCUGGAGCAGCCGGCAGCCGAGAUGCCGCACCUGGAGGAGCAGGAGAGCGAGGUCGCGGCAGCAGCAGCAGCAGCGGCGGCAGCACCGGGAGCAGCAGCAGCAGCCGGCGGCGGUGCAGCACCCAGCGCGGGGGCGGCCAAGCCCGACCUCAGCCCCGAGGAGAAGCAGCGGGUUCAGAGGGAGAAGCUCAACAAGAUCCUGCUCAACCUCCUGGCCAAAAUCCCCGGCAAGAACGCCAUCGAUGUGACGUACCUGCUGGAGGAAGGUUCCGGAAGACGUCUGCGCCGCCGCACCCUGCUCUUGACCGAGACCUGCUUCAGGAAGUGACCGCCCGGCCAGCCCGGCUAGACCGGCCUGACCCCCUCCCCCCACUCAUCCCCCCACCGGGCAGGUGACACCGGUGCCCGUCUGUACGUCCGAACGACCCCGAUCGAUCGAUCGAUCAAGAGAGCGGGGGGGCGGAAGAAGAAGACC